ACAGUUCUCGGUGGAAUACAGUUGUUUACUUUAUAUCCACUCCCGAUAUUGGCAAUUUAUUACUAUUAUUAUUAUCGUUAUUUUAGAAUGAAUCUAAGUAGAAGGUUGUUACCGAUUCACGUGUAUGUCCGGAAUGCUUCCACAAAAGCCAAGUUAAAGACAAAGUUUAAUUUUGAACUCUCGGCUGAUGUCAGUGACUCCCUCAAGAAUGGAUCUGUGAAGGCACGCCAUCAUGCAGGCAAAAUGGGCGUGGGAGUGGUGCACCUCCCUGAAGCACUUUCUCAGGCUGCAUUUAAUUCAUUGAAAGACUUUCCAGAAAAAAGCCUCAUGGGAGAUGCACACAAGUUGUCAAGUUACAUCUGGUCUAGACAUCCACCGCCAGAGAAGGACGAAUAUUAUAAGAAGAUCAGAGAGGUGGAACAAGUAGUGAAAGAACAAGAAAUGGUAGACCCAUUAUCACCAGAUAUUGGCGAAGAGCUUCAAGGCAGGUUACUAGAAUCCCGAAAAUCAAAAGUUAUGAAGAAAAUGAAGAACAAUGUUUAUCACUGGAAACCCAUUGAGUAUAAUGGUUAUAGGGCAGCUAUGUAUGUGGCAGGCCGCCUAGCUCCAGAUUACGCCUCCCUCUACAGAAUCCUGGCAGAAGUGAAGAAACGUGACCCACACUUUUCUCCACUUACGUUAUUAGACUUCGGCUCUGGUGUGGGCACUUCAGUGUGGAUGUGGGUCACAGAGCAUAGGACACAGCAUGUUUUCAUGAGUCAUUUUGGUCAGCCCACAGCCAGUGCAAAAUAG